AACUGAGGCACCAAGUAGCUGGCGUGUGGCUCGCCCCGGGCCAGGGAGCCAGGCAGUGGCAAAGCGAAGGCGAGAAGAGUCCUGGCUCCUCGCCCCGCUGCCCCCAGAGCUGGGAACAGCCCCUGAGUCCCGGCGGCUGCCCGGUGCCCGCCGCCCCUGCGCGCUGUGGCUGCGCGGCGCUGCGCCCCCGUGCGCUCGCCGCUCCAUUUCCUCCGGCAGCCGGGCCUGGGGGGAGCCUGCGCCGAACCCCUCCCUGCGCAGGGGCCGGGCUUGCGCCGCUUCCUGCAGGAGCUGCGCCGUGGGAGCGGCGGGACUCCGGAGAGCCGGCCCGGCCCCGCGCUGGCCCAGAAGGCCCUGCCCGCCUCGCCGCUGAGGAUGUCCCGGAAGGCGCCGCGGACCGAGGUGUGCGCGGACUGCAGCGCCCCAGACCCUGGCUGGGCCUCCAUUAACCGCGGCGUGCUGAUCUGCGACGAGUGCUGCAGCAUCCACCGCAGCCUGGGCCGGCACAUCUCCAUCGUCAAGCACCUGCGCCACAGCCCCUGGCCCUCCCCGCUGCUGCAGAUGGUGCACACUCUAGCCAGCAAUGGUGCCAACUCCAUCUGGGAGCACUCGCUGCUGGACCCAGCGCAGGUGCAGAGCGGGCGUCGCAAGGCCAAUCCUCAGGACAAAGUGCACCCCACCAAGUCCGAGUUCAUCCGGGCCAAGUACCAGAUGCUGGCCUUCGUGCACAAGCUGCCCUGCCGUGAUGACGACGGUGUCACGGCCAAGGACCUCAGCAAGCAACUGCACUCGAGUGUGCGGACGGGGAACCUGGAGACCUGCCUGCGCCUGCUCUCGCUGGGCGCCCAGCCCAGCUUCUUCCACCCGGAGAAGGGCACCACCCCACUGCACGUUGCUGCAAAGGCUGGACAGAUCCUGCAGGCUGAGCUGCUGGUGGUGUACGGUGCCGACCCUGGGGCGCCCGAUGUGAAUGGCAGGACCCCCAUUGACUACGCCCGGCAGGCGGCCCAGCACGAGCUUGCGGACCGGCUGGUGGAGUGUCAGUACGAGCUGACGGACCGGCUUGCCUUCUACCUGUGCGGCCGCAAGCCGGACCACAAGAACGGGCACUACAUCAUCCCGCAGAUGGCAGACAGGGCGCGCCCCAAGGGCACGGCGCAGAGCCUGGAUCUGUCUGAGCUGGCGAAAGUGGCGAAGAAGAAGUUACAGGCGCUCAGCAACCGCCUCUUCGAGGAGCUGGCCAUGGACGUGUAUGACGAGGUGGACCGCAGGGAGAAUGACGCUGUCUGGCUCACGACGCAGAAUCACAGCACGCUGGUGACGGAGCGCAGCGCUGUGCCCUUCCUGCCCGUCAACCCUGAAUACUCCGCCACGCGCAACCAGGGGCGGCAGAAGCUCGCCCGGUUCAAUGCCAGGGAGUUCGCCACCCUCAUCAUCGACAUCCUCAGCGAGGCCAAGCGACGGCAGCAGGGCAAGAGCCUGGUGAGCCCCACAGACGCCGUCGACUACCCAGUGCGGAGCCAGAGCGACCCAGACGACCAGCACGACUACGACAGCGUCGCCUCUGACGAGGACACGGACCAAGAGCCGCUGCGCAGUGCUGCCCGCAACAACCGUGCCCGGAGCAUGGACUCCUCGGACCUGUCGGACGGGCCCAUCACGCUGCAGGAGUACCUGGAGGUGAAGAAGGCGCUGGCAGCCUCUGAGGCCAAGGUGCAGCAGCUGAUGAAGGUGAACAACAGCCUGAGUGACGAGCUGCGCCGGCUGCAGCGUGAGAUCCACAAGCUGCAGGCGGAGAACUCGCAGAUGCGGCAGCAGCCGGGCCCCGGCCACGCGGUGCCGGCCCCCAGCGAGCGCUCGGAGCUAUGGGCAUGGUGUGGCCACGGCAGCAGCUCACCGGCGCGACCGACAGGCCUUCUCCAUGUACGAGCCGGGCUCCGCUCUCAAGCCCCUUUGGGCAGCCCGGUGGACGAGCUGGUCGGCCGCCUGCAGCCCUUCCACUCCAGCGAGGUGGAGGAUGAAGCUGCGUACUCCACGCACAUCCCGGCCAGCGUGUACCGGAUCCGGAAGGGGGUGUCUGCCUCCUCGGUGCCCUUCCCCCCCUCCUCCCCACUGCUCUCCGGCACGCAGGAUGGCGCCCGCCACAUGACCAGCAAACUAGACCGGCACGGCAGGGGACUGACCUGGACUAUGACAACACGCAGGCUGGCGAGGCAAUUGCUCAGCAUGGACGGGAAGCGGUUCCUGGACCUGGGGAAGGACGACGAGUUCCACCACGAGCUGGAGGCCCUGGAUGGGGAGCUGGACCCCGGGCUGCCCAGCACGGAGGACGUGAUCCUGAAGACCGAGCAGGUCACCAAGAACAUCCAGGAGCUGCUGCGGGCUGCCCAGGAGUUCAAGCAUGACAGCUUCGUGCCCUGCUCCGAGAAGAUCCACUCCGCCGUCACCGAAAUGGCCUCGCUCUUCCCCAAGAAGCCAGCCCUGGAGACGGUGCGCGGCUCCCUGCGGCUGCUCAAUGCCAGCGCCUACCGGCUGCAGAGCGAGUGCCGCAAGACCAUCCCGCCGGAGCCUGGCGCGCCCGUGGACUACCAGCUCCUGACGCAGCAGGUCAUCCAGUGCGCCUACGACAUCGCCAAGGCCGCCAAGCAGCUGGUCACCAUCACCACCCGUGAGAAGAAGCUGUGAGGUCUGGCCCCUCCCCCCCCAGCGGGCGGCUCCCCUGGCUAGGACGUGGGGCCGGUGACCAGCCAGCGCAAGUGUCCUUAGUUUGCCCACGGGACCUGAGCACGUGCCAUUCCUGGCCCCCCGUGCUGCCAGCGUGGGGCAGAGCGCAGCUCUGGCCAUGCCCCCUCCCCCCACGCUGCCAGUGUCCCAGCAUGGGGCAGAGCGCGGCUCUGGCUGUGCCCCUGCCCUAGCCCCUGCCCCUCCCCUAUGCAGCAGCGCCAAUGCUGCCCUAUGGACACUCCCAGACGGUCAAUGGUUCUGUCCCCAGCCGCGGCGCGUGGCUGCGUGUGCCCCUGUACAUAGCCCCUCGUUCCGUUCUCACGGCCCAACCCGCCAUCAGCCAAGGAACCACUAACUGGGCAGCAGGGUGCUGCCCUUGCUGCCCGGGCGCCUCUCCCCUGUACAGUGUGUGUAGCUGUUUGUGCUGGGCAGAGGAGCCGCACCCCUAGCGGUCUCAGCCCUGUUCAGUGGAGGGCGCUGCCCGCAGCAUUACACUGGAACCGGAGCCCUGCCAAGGCUGGCGACCGGCAUGUUCUCCCUGUGUGUGAGUGUGAGCCUCAGACCCCCAGCCUGCGUAGCCAUCACCUCUUCCCCUGCAUGGCUACUCUGGGGCAGGCUCCUCGCCUCAUGGCCCCUGGGCCCUCCUCCACCGCCCCAGGAUUUCUCUCUACAGCCAAAGUCCCAGUGCCAUGGGAGCGGGCACCCUAGGUGGGCAUGGUUGGCUCCUACCCCCGACAGGAGCUGGGUGCCUGGGGAAGGGACGGAGGAGAGCCCAGGCUGGCUGGGGCCUGUACGGCCAGGUGUGUACUGUACAUUUGGAUCAAAUAAAGACGUGACUGUG